GCGAACUUGACUUCCGCGCGCGGCCGGAAGCGCCUUCAGUCCGUCCUUGUUUACAGCCCGCCGGGGCUGUCGGCUCUUCGGCCUCUUCAUCCUUUUCCUCUCUGGCUUCGGAUUCGAGCCCUUGUCUUCUUUUUACGAUUGCCUGCCCGCCGGUGAAGAUGGAGCCCAGCUUGAGGCAGCAGGUGGCGUAGGCCACUCGCCUGUCCCGUGGCUCUUUUAGCCUGUUUUACAGCCUUCGGAUACUUGGUCUGGAAGAUGAACUCCAACAAUCCAUUUGGGGGGCAGCAAUCGAGUCUCUUCUCCACUCCUUCGGGUGCCUCUCUGGGGACGUUUCAGGUCCAGCCACCGUUUCGAUUCGGUCAGCCCUCUCUCUUUGGACAGAACAAUGUGGGCUCGGGGCAGAACGUAGGAUUCGCACAGACAUCCGGCUUUGCUCAGGCUGCUGGGGUCGGUCAGGCACCUUCAGGAGCCACGAUAGGAUUCCCACCCACCUCUGGCUUGGGGUUGUACCCUACUCAGGGCCAGGCUCCCGCCCUCACAGCGACUUCUGGACCUCCUGGUUCCUCUGUCCCCAGUAACCCGGGAUUUAGCUUCAAGCCUCCCACCAACCUUGGGGCUUUCCCUGGCACCACCAGCUUUGGCCUCAGCAGUGGGGAAACGGCCAGUUGUGGUUUGGGCCGGCCUGAGUUCAGCUUUAAGCCUCCAGAAAGUGCCACAUUCAGGCCAAUCUUUGGGGCAGAGUCAGAGUCAGAGAAGACUCAGAGCCAAGUCACUCCAGGCUCCUUCACAUUUUCCCACCCAGUGAGCAGCGGGCCCGAGGCUCUGGGCUCCUUCACGUUUUCCCAGGGGUCAAGCGGUGCAGGCACCGGCCCAAAUUUUACCUUCUCCAAACCAUCCGGCAACACCCCUUCCUCAGCCUUUGCCUCUGCCUCAUCAGGCCAGAAUUCAGAAGAGGAAAAGAGAGGCCCCAAACCUGCCUUUGGCAGUGCGGGGAGCAGCUUCACCAGCUUUGCUGGCUCCUUGCCAGGCUCUGUGGGGGAGCCCUUUGCUCUGAGCAAAGCAGCCUCCAAGCAAGGACGGGAUGACCUGGGCGGCCAGGGCGGGUCACUGCCUGGGCACAUGAAAGGGUUGAAACGGAAAGAAGACCACGACCGAUCUCCCAGGAGACGAGACUAUGAUGCCCCGGAUGACGCUGAACUCCUGUCCCGGGGUGAUCAUCCCCCAGAAAAGCGCCCUCCCCGACUGGCGCGACCACGGGGCGGUGGCGGCUUGUUUGGGCGGACACUGCAGGACAUGCUGAGAAGCAACAAAGAAGGGGGCCGCUUGGGGAGCAAGGAAGUGAAGAAGGAAGCCAGUGGUGGGGAGCCGGCUGAGACAGACCACUCGGUUCCAGUGGGAGCAACCCUCUCUGUGCUGCCCAUCCCUCGGCUGAAGGAGGAAGGCCUGGAUGGCAAAGAUGGCCAGGAAGGUACGUGCAGGCCACAGCGGAGGGCAGAGCCAGCCCCACGGGGAUACCCCACAGCUCCAUUCUCAGCCGCCCCCUUCUCGGCCCCUGCCACCCACCGAAUGCCCCCUCUUCUUGUCCCUUCCCCCGCAGCCUCCUCCAGCAGGGUCACCCCUUCCCACCGGGGGAAGAAGGAGAGUGUGGACAGCCCUGGCAGCUUGUCCCAGAGCGAGCUCACUGCCAUUCAGUGUAAGAACAUCCCCAAUUACCUCAACGACCGAAUGGUCCUGGAGAAACACUUUGGCCGAUUUGGGAAAGUGCAGCGUAUCUACCCCAGGCGCAAUCGGAAACUUGCCAUCAUCCACUUCUCUGACCAUGUGUCGGCCUCCCUAGCUCGGAAGAAAGGCAAAAGUUUACAUAAAGAUGUCCUCAUCUUUUGGCACAAAAAAAAGAUAAGUCCCAGCAAAAAGGACUUUUCCCCAAACGAGAAAAAUUCAAAUGAUGGGGAAGCCAUUCAGAGCUCUGAAGACCCUCCUUUCCAGCACUCACCACUGCGUAAACCUCUUUUGAGAGCUGCGGCCAGCAGCAGCCUUCUGAGCAAGAGUUCUCCGGUUAAGAAAUCCAGCCUUGCCAAGUCUCUUCAGUUUGAAGGGGAGCCCUUUGAGGCUGGGCCCGAGGCCCAGAGCUCAGACACCCUGGGCCUGGCCGUGACCACCCUCGGCACCCUGAUGGGUACAGUGGCUGAGACAUCCGAGGAGAAAUACCGCCUCCUUGACCAGAGGGACAAAAUCAUGCGGCAAGCUCGUGUCAAAAGGACGGAUCUGGAUAAGGCGAAAGCCUUUGUCGGGACCUGCCCGGAUAUGUGCCCUGAGAAAGAACGGUACAUGCGAGAGACCAGGAAUCAGCUGAGCUCUUUCGAGGUGGUCCCCGGGACGGAUCAGGUUUGCCACGCGGCCGCGAUAAAGGAGUACAGCCGCUCCUCCGCUGACCAGGAAGAGCCCCUGCCCCAUGAGCUGCGUCCCUCGGGGGUGCUCAGCAUGACCAUGGACUACCUCGUCACUCAGAUCAUGGACCAGGGGGCAGGCAGCUCGCGAGACUGGUAUGACUUUGUGUGGAACAGGACCCGCGGAAUAAGGAAGGACAUCACCCAGCAGCACCUCUGUGACCCGCUGACCGUGUCGCUGAUCGAGAAGUGCACCCGCUUCCACAUCCACUGUGCGCACGCCCUGUGUGAAGAGCCCAUGUCCUCCUUUGAUGCCAAGAUCAAUAACGAGAACAUGACCAAGUGUCUCCAGAGCCUCAAAGAGAUGUACCAGGACCUGGCCAACAAGGGCAUCCUCUGCGCCAGCGAAGCGGAAUUUCGAGGCUACAACGUCCUGCUCAACCUCAACAAGGGCGACAUCCUGAGGGAGGUGCAGCAGUUCCAGCCCAAGGUCCGGAACUCUCCAGAGGUGAAGUUUGCGGUCCAGGCCUUCGCAGCCCUUAACAGCAACAACUUUGUACGGUUCUUCAAGCUUGUCCGGGCAGCCUCCUACCUGAAUGCUUGCCUCUUGCACUGCUACUUCAACCAGAUUCGCAAAGAUGCGUUGCGGGCUCUCAAUGUGGCCUACACAGUGAGCACUCAGAGAUCAACCAGCUUCCCCUUGGAUAACCUGGUGCACAUGCUGUGGUUUAGAGAUGCCGAGGAAGCUACCGAUUUUUUGAGUUACUAUGGCCUCAGUGUGUCCGAUGGCUGCGUUGAGCUCAAUCGUUCAGCCUUUUUGGAACCCGAGGGUUUGUCCAAGGCAAAGAAGUGCACUUUUAUCACUGAGAAGAGGACGGUCUCGGUUGGAGAAGUGGUGAAUGGAGGCCCGUUGCCCCCCAUCCCUCGUCACAUCCCAGUGUGCAGCUUCAACAUGCAGAACAAAUAUGUGGGCGAGAGCCUGGGCCCUGAGCCUGCCCUGGGUGCACAGAAGCUCAGUUUGGAGGCUGGAGGAGGGGGGAAGGCUGUGGAAGAAGCCAGCCCUGGGACAGAGGCACCAGUGCUGCGUGUCCCACCACAGCCCCUGCUUAUGCCCCUGGCUCAGCCGCUGUCAAGCCAGACCACAGGGCCACCGCCAGUCCUUGUGGCUCCUGCGCCUGCGCCGCCAUUGGCCGCCUCAUCGUCUCUCUUUCAGCCCAUUGGGCAGCCCGAGCUGCCGCCUCCCAAGCCUCGGCCUGGCUACACUGACAAGGACAUUGUGGAAGUUGUCAAUGGCCUCGUCCAGGAUGUCCUCAGAAACUGUUGCCAAGAAAUCAGCCAGGCCGGAGCUGCCUAUGUGGCUGUAGCCCGCAGCAUGUCCAAGAUAAUCGCAGAGGAGCUGUUGGCUACCGCCACAAGAGACCUUUUGAGGCAGGCUGCUGCUGAAGAGCUGAAUAAAGAAAGAGAAAGAAUUAAGGAAGAGCAGAGAAGAGCUGAAGAACGAAGACGGAAGCAGGAGCGAGAGCGCCUCUUGGCCCAGCUGAGCCAGGCACUGGCAGUUGAACUGAUGGAUCUCGUGGUGGCUGAAUGUGUACGGGAAACCUCAUCCCGAGAGUUGAAGCGCGCUGUGGAAACUGAGAGGAGGGCCUGUGUGGCCCGUUGUUCUGAAGACGUCUGGGAUCAUCUCAUGGACUUGUUCUUAGAGGAGGAGAUUUUCCAGAGUGCCAGGGAGACCCUGCAGGAACUCCAGUGUUUCUGUAAAUGCUUGCAGCGGUGGAGGGACGCUGUGGCUGCCCGGAAAAAGCUGAAGAGACAGAUGAGAGCAUUCCCUGCAGCUCCCUGUUGUGUGGAUCUGAGCAACAGACUGCAGGCCUUAUCCCCUAGUGCCGAGUGUCCAAUUGCUAAAGAGAACCUGGCCAAGGGAGUCCUGAAUCUGGGGCACGCAGGCAAACUGGGGGUCUCUUGCACCAGGUUACGGUGGAUGAGACACAGGACGAUCCACCAAAUGAAGGUUCAGUAUUUCUACCAGCAGUUGCUCAGUGAAGCCGUGUGGACUCCUCUGGACCUGCCGGCCCUCGUUGCCGAGCAUUACCCCGGGCACAGGGAGCAGGUGUUCUGGAAGCUGCUGGUGGUGCUGCCUGACAGCGAGGAGCCCGCCUUGGGCUAUUCCAGCAGGGUCCUGGCAAGCUGGCUAAAAGUCAAGUUCAUGGGAAGCGAAGAUCUGCCGAGCCGGGCCCAGCAGCCUUCGGACGGCAUUCAGACGCUGACCUUGUUGAAUGGCUCUGCCACCAAAGGGGAUCGGCCCGUUUGGGUCAACGUGUGCGUGAAGGUGGCUCACGGCCUGCUCAGUGACUCGGCCCUGGACGCCACCGAGACGCAGAAGGACCUUCUGGGCACCAGCGGCCUCCUCUUCCUGCUCCCCCCCCCUGGAAAGGGUGCCGAGGAGGAUGAGGACGACACAUACUGGCUCACGGCCUUGCUGCAGCUCAAGCAGCUCCUGCAGGCAAAGCCCUUUCACCCCCUGGUGCCCCUGGCGGUUCUUGUACCCAGUGAAGAAGGGGCUGCCGAGGCUGAAGUGGAGGAAGGUCUCAUGCUCCCAGACUUAGUUUCCUCCCAGCUGAUUUCAGAUUACGUCGUCAUGGGCAUCCCAGCCUCAGUCAGCGAUCUCCAAGGCACCCACAGGGUGUCCCAGGCCGUCAAGUGGCUGGUCUCUCACUGCCCCAGCAGCCUGGAGCUCUGCUGCCAGACUCUGCCGCAGUACAUCGAGGACGGCGUGAGCCGGGAGUUCAGUGACCGCUUCUUCUACGACCGGAAGGAGCGGCGCCUGGCUGGCCUGGCCUCGCAGGAGCCCAGCGCCAUCAUCGAGCUCUUCAACAGUGUUCUGCAGUUCCUGGCAGGGGUGGCCGCCUCCGAGCACCUCUGCCACCUGUCCUGGCCCAUCACCGAAUUUGCCGAGCCUGGGGGCAACAAGGUGCUGCCUCACCUCCAGUGGAACGCCCCCGACCACCUGGCCUGGCUCAAGAAGGCCGUGCUCUCCUUCCAGCUGCCCCACAUGGACCUUCCCCCGCAGGGUGCUCCCUGGCGUCCCGUGUGCACCAUGAUCUCCCAGUACGUUUCCCAGAUCCCGAGCUGUCGCCAGACUCAGCCCAUCCUUCAGUCACAGGUGGAGAAUCUUCUGAGCCGGACCUACGCCAGGUGGAGGAACAAAGAGCUCUGGGCCCUGGGUGAGACGGGCCCCUCCGUGGACGACAUUCCCUGGGAUGACAUCCUGGCUCUCUGCAUUAACCACAAGCUGAGGGACUGGAAGCCACCCAGACUGCCCGUCACGUCAGAGGCUCUGAGUGACGACGGCCAGAUCUGCGUUUACUUUUUCAAGAGCCACUUAAAAAACUACAACGUUCCCAGCUCGUGGGAACAGGCCAGGCUGCAGACCCAGAAGGGGGCCCCGAGGCACGAUCAGGGACGUCUGGGCACGAAAUCCUCUCGCUCGCCCGCCAAGGGCUUCUCCUCUCCGUGGCUCCAGGUCCCCCACAGCAGGCCCAGAGGCCCAGAGAACGGGCGGGUGGGCCGGGUGCCCGAUGCCAAGGAGCUCACCCACACGGCCUCGGCCGAGGAGCUGCUCCCAGAGCGCCUGUCGGCCAGCCUCCAGCUGGAGAAGGAGGAGAGCAAGAGAUUUGAAGAUCGGCUGCGCCAGUGGCUGGCCGGGGACCUGGAGCCAGGGGCAGAUGCCAGCUCCCUCCCCCUCUACCUCCCCCAGGCGCUGGUAGCGACACCCCAGACCCUUCAGCCCGUGCUACGGAUGGUGGCGGCGGCGGCGGCACCUGCCGUCCCCCAGGACGAGGAGAGCGCCGAGCAGCCGCCGCCGUCCCCGGAGAUGGACGCGUCUUUGACCGAGAAGCUGAGGCGCUUGGAGAGCCUGAUCGAAAGGACCAAAGAGGAGGAGCUCGCCUGCGAGCGCCAUCUCUCCACACUGCUGGACAUGGUGGACAUUUGAGGGGGGGCCCCAGAGGCGCUCUGCGGAUGCUGCGCCCCCAGCCGGACGGGCCAUCAAUCAUGGAACAGGCCCGCUCUGGCCGGGCCUGGGGCGCCGGCCCCGAGCCUACCUCACAGGGUUGUUGUGAGGACAGGAUCAUGUGUGUAAAGUGCUUGCCAAGACCCCC